AUGGCUCUAUCGUUGGCAGACGCAAACAGGAUUAUCGGGGCCUCGAUCGCAGAGGCGGACAGGAUUGGAAUCAAGCUGAGCGUGGCGGUGGUGGACGGUGGCGGCCAGCUGGUGGCCUUCCAGCGGAUGGAGGGGGCGAUCGCGGUGAGCGCGACGGCGGCUCCCGGCAAGGCGGUGGGGUCGGUGUUCUUCGGGCGCGACAGCAGGGAGAUCAACGCGGAGUCGCCGGUGAUGCAGGCGAUAAUCGGCAGCCAGGGCGGGCGGAUCAUCCCGGCGCAGGGGGCGAUUCCCAUCUUCCAGGACGGCAUAAUUGUGGGGGCGAUCGGCGGCAGCGGCGGGUCGGCGCAGCAGGACGAGGACUGCGUGCGGAAGGGUCUGGAGUCGCUGUAG